AAAAACCAAAGAAUGGAAGCAACCGAUUUUCUGAAUGAUAGGCAAAUGCGUGACAACAAAUAUAGCGUCUACGUAAUAAAGCAGCAGCCUUCAGAUUCAUGUUAAUUCUCAAAAAAUAAAUGAAAAUGUAAUUAAAAGUGAAAUAUUUUAAAAAGAUCAAAGAGGUUAAUUUACACAUUGCAAACGACACUUUGAAUCCAAAUAGUUUACCAAAUACAGGUCAAAAUAUGCAAAAAUAGAAUAUACUGUGUAAGUCAAACGGUAGAAAUACGGUAAUAAAUACUGCAAAAUCAAUCGACUGUAAUAAAUACACUUUGCAAAUAACAUGUAAAUGAACAAAUCAUCGCUUGAAUUGUAAAUAUUUAUAUUUUUCUUCAAACGUCAUUUUUCUCAAAGUUGAUUUUAUUUUCUUGAACGUUAAAAGAGUCAAUAUAUUUCUUAUUAAUUUAAAAAACUUAAAUAAUAAUAAUAAAAAAAACAGACAAAAACCCGAAUAAAUCGAAGCCUAUGAUUUCCUCUAUGAUAGACAAAGUCACAACUUAGUCAGUUUCUAUAUACGUGUUAAUUCAUAUAUGUAUAGUUAUACAUAUACAUGUUUAUUACACGUUUAGUUCACAUAUGGCAGAAUCCGACAUAUUUGCAGCGUUUCGUAAAUUCACGCAUGCGCGGAUUUAUAUAUUUUUGUGAAACUUGCAAGUCAUUAACUUAUUUUCCAGACAACGAUUUUAUUGAAAGUGCUCCUUUCACACGUAACAUCCGUCAUAAUUUUUACAUUUAAACGUAUUCAUUUAAAUAAGUUGAUUCAAUAUAAAUUUGUAAUUCAUUUCGUCUCAUACUAAGAUAGAUAUAUAUUAUUUUAAAUAAUGGUGGACUAUCAUGCACGAGGUUGUGAUACUAUGCAGUCUUUAAAGGACAUGGCAAACAAACUUAGAAUCGAUUGCAUCGACGCUACUCAAGCAAGUGAGUCUGGACAUGUGACAUCAUGCUCAUCUUCCGCUGAGAUCAUGUCCGUAUUGUACUUCAAUACGUUAAGAUAUGAUUUGAAAUUCCCGAAAGACCCAAGGAGUGACCGGUUUGUCUUGUCAAAGGGGCAUGCAGCCCCCAUUUUGUAUGCGGUUUGGGCUGAAGCGGGGUUAUUUCCUGUGAAAGAUCUCCUGAAACUAAGGACAAUAGAUUCGGAUCUGGAAGGUCAUCCCACCCCACGGCUGAACUUUGUUGAUGUAGCAACUGGGUCUCUUGGUCAGGGUAUUAGUAUUGCUGCCGGCAUGGCCUAUACGGGGAAAUACUUCGACAAGUCAGAGUACCGUGUCUACUGUCUACUAGGAGAUGGCGAGAGUGCAGAGGGUUCUGUCUGGGAGGCAUUGGCGUUUUCUAGUUUUUAUAAGCUAGAUAAUCUAGUUGCCAUAUUUGAUAUAAACAGAUUGGGACAGUGCGGACCAACCAUGUUACAACAUGACGUGGAUGUUUUCAAAAACAGACUGGAGUCAUUUGGAUGGAACACAUAUGUGGUAGAUGGCCAUGAUGUAAAGGCGUUGUGCAAAGCCUUCCAUGAUGCUAAAUCUGUCAAAGAGAAGCCGACAUGUAUUCUAGCGAAGACACUCAAAGGAAAGGGAUUCCCAGGCAUUGAGGACUCGCCGGGAUGGCACAGUAAAAUCCUUGGACCAAGGGCGGAGUCUGUUAUAAAGAUUAUAAAGGGAAGAAUGAACAGCCAGGGACCAUGGAAUCUGGGACCACAAUGCAUUACGGCAACUGUACCUGAUGUAGAUAUUACAAAUGUUAUGUUAGCUGAACCGCCAAACUAUUUGAUGGAACAAGAGGUUGCGAUCAGAGUAGCCUACAAUGAUGCCGUGGUCAAACUCUCUAAAAACAAUCCUAGGGUGAUAGCACUGGACGGCGAAACAAACACUUCUACAUAUUCAUAUAUAUUCAAAGAUGCUUAUCCAGACCGUUAUAUAGAAGGUUACAUAGCGGAACAGAAUCUUGUCGGGGUAGCAAUUGGCUGUGCUGCAAGGGACAGAAAUAUUGUGUUCUGCAAUGGUUUUGCUGCUUUCCUCACACGGGCAUUUGACCAAAUCAGAAUGGGGGCAAUUUCAUUCACAAAUGUAAACUUUGUCGGUUCCCAUGCUGGUGUAUGCAUAGGAAAAGAUGGUGCUUCACAAAUGGCGAUGGAAGAUAUCGCAAUGUUUCGAUCCCUGCCAGGCUCGACUGUGUUCUGUCCAAGUGAUGCAGUUUCUAUGCAAAGAGCUACGGAGUUGGCCGCUGGUACGAAGGGAAUUUGCUAUAUCCGGUCAAGCCGUACCGUAAUACCGGUUAUGUAUCGUAAUGAUGAAUUGUUUGAGAUUGGAAAAGCUAAGGUCGUUAGAAAAAGCGACACUGACAAGGUUACGGUUAUUGGGUCUUGUGUAACAUUAGUCGAGGCCAUGAAAGCUGCCGAUGAGCUUGCUAGUAAAGGGGUCAAUAUCAGAGUUAUAGACCCUUUCACCCUGAAACCUCUCGAUACCGAAACAAUACUAACUAAUGCACGAGAAACUGGUGGUAACAUUAUCACUGUAGAGGACCACUACAUAUGGGGAGGUCUAGGCGAUACUGUUGCUGGUUGCCUGAGUGAGGAAAGGGAUCUGUGUAUCAAGAAGCUUGCAGUCACAAGUGUGCCUCAUAGCGGGAAACCAGAUGAACUAAUGAAGAAAUACGGAAUCAAUGCACAGUGUAUUGUAAACGCUGUGUACAGCAUGUUAAAAUAAGGAACCAUAAUCUUUUGUUAUUUAAAUAAUAAUCAAGCGCGCGUUGUGUUCGUUAUAUAUAAAAGUAAGCAUGUUAUAAUACCACAAAAAAACUUUUAAAGUUUUUUAAAUAAAUGUAUGAAUAUGUAACGACGACCAUAACUUUGAAAUGUUAUAAUAAUACGUCGGAUUAAAUACACACAUAAUAACCAAUAAUGCGUGUGUAAUAUUUAGAAAUAAAGUGAUAAAAUUU